CGAAUAAAAGUGAUGAGGGUUGGUGAUGGGGGCGGGCCGAACCUUCGCGGACCGAGUGCGAGCGGGCGGGUGCCGCACGCGCGCCAGACGAUGGAAACGACGACUGCUCCCUCCCAACAUCGUUCUCCAUCGUCGACCCCGCCGCGCCUCGAUGACUGGAUCGAUUCCGGGCGCGCCGGCGAAGAGACCGCAUACCCGCUAGUCUGGGUCGCGGGGCAGGCGGAGCGGGCCCACAGUUUUGGGUCGCCCGCUCUUUCUUCCUCCGAGUCCUCGCGCGCACUCGCGCCCCUCUAGCCGCUGUCCCGCAAGCUCGGGGCCGCCGGACUCGACGUUUUCCACGGUGGCGAGCACUGCCGGCGCCGGAGAUCGCGAUAUGAUCCAGAGGACGACGGACCCGGCGGCGGGCAGCAGUACGAGCGGCCCCCCGACCAACUCGCUCUCCUGGGGGUCGCGGCACAAUGGAAAGCUGUACACGCUCGAGGUCGUCCAGCACCCAAUACGCGCCCGCAUGUGCGGCUUUGGCGACAAGGACCGCCGGCCUCUCGCCCCCGCUGCUGUCGCCACGAUGAACGUGUAUCGCGAAGACAAUACGCAGGUCGAGGUCGACGACAUCGACUGCUCCUUCUUCCUCGUCACAGUCGAUCUCUGGUCUGAGGACGGCAAGCAGGAGAUGAAUCUUGUCCUCCAUCCCAAUGCUGCCCAGGAUCGUGGCCCCCCGAUGCCCGCCAAGCCGAGGCGCCCGACGAACCCCCCACCGCCAUCCAACACACACGGCUCACCACCGGCACCGGCAAUCCCAUUCCCCUCCUAUGGCCCGCCUACCCCGUACUACCCGCCCUGGUCAGCCCCUGCUUCUGAUCGCAGCCCAAGUUCUGCCUCUGCCGUGCUGCCCUCGAUCAGCACAUCGUUCGGUCGUGCACCCGGGCCCUCAUCAGCGACGCCUUAUGGCCCGCAGUACGGCCCCCCGUCGGCGUCGAGCUACGGUCCGCCCUCAGCAUCAGCGUAUGGCCCGCCCUCAGCGUCUGCCUACGGUCCCCCUUCAGCCUCCGCCUAUGGCCCUCCCUCCGCCUCUACAUACGGCCCGUCCUCGGCGUCCGCAUAUGGCCCACCGUCUUCAGCAAGCUACGGCCCUCCUACCUCAUCCUAUGCCUCCUCCUACCCUCCCUAUCAUUACGGCCCGCCCCCGCCGCCCUUCGGCAACUAUGGUUCCACGUCGAAUUUCGAUCAUUCCCAGCCUGUCACUUCGUCCGUUGACCAGGAGACAAAUUCGCCUGUUGUCACUACGACCGCGCGCGACGAUGAUCAGCGGGAGGGCGAGGCCUCGACCUCUGCUGCCGGUAACCCGAGAGCAGAUCCCUCGAAUUCUGGCGCCCCAUCAACCAGCCCGACGGCCUCGACGAUGGGCAGGCGCGAGUCGCGGGGGCGCCGGCGUCGUCGCGAGGAGCGCGAAGGCCCCGAUGGCGGCCCUGACCUGCGGGAACCCAUCGAGCCGGGCAGCACGAAGGCCAGGGAGGAAGAGGACGCAAGGACGGGCACGGAGAAGGGUGACCCCAAGGACAAGUCCGAUGCACAGCGUGCCACGUACACUCGUACGCUCGUUGGCCCACUUUCCUCGAAUGCAACAAGAUUAUUGGACGAGCAUAGGAAGCCCGGCAUAUUCUUUCUAUUCCAGGACUUGAGUGUCAGGACGGAGGGUACCUUUCGCCUUCGCCUCCGCCUUAUGAACGUCGGUGCGCCGCCUGCGCCCGAGCCCGGCGCGGCGGGCGUACAUACCGGCGUCAGCCCCGUCCUCGCGCAGGUCUUCACGAAGCCGUUCACGGUCUUCUCGGCGAAGCGAUUUCCUGGGGUGCCGGACACGACGGCCCUCUCGAUUGCGUUCAACCAGCAGAACAUGAAGCUUCCGUUGCGCAAUCGACAUGGGUCGGGUAGCAAGCGCAGGCGGCGAGGUGCUGGUGGCGGGUCGGACGACGAGGAGUCGGACUAACACGAGGAGAUGAGGCUGUGAUGUUGAAGGCUCAGCCUCUUAGAGACGUAGCAGGCAGGAGGAAGAUGAGUGAUUCGAGCACCACCAUUACGACGGCGUGGGGAUGUUGAGUAUGAGGUGCGUAGGCGUUGGGAAGGCGGAAGGGGAGUACCGGUCUGCCUUUUGAUUAGUCCUCGCUAUAUUGUCGAGGUAUGAAGGUGAGGAGAUGGACGUUCGUUUGUAUAUAAUCGUAUAAAUUUACUACAGCCUGCUAUCGAUUCCUGUUACAUACUUCAAGCACCGACUCCCUAUUUUUUGUUUAUAUAUUGGAUUUCGGCGCGUGGUGAAGCAU